UGUUGUUGUGGUGUUAGAGUCAUGGCCGCGAUGGAGCGAGUUUACCUUUAAUAAAUUAAUUUUUCUCGGACUCAAAUAAUGUAAAAUGGCAGCCGUUUUCCUGGUCACGCUGUAUGAGUACUCUCCUCUGUUCUACAUCAGUGUGGUCUCCUUGUGUUUCGUUGUUACCGCUGCCGUCGUGCUCGGCUGGUUUGGUUUCGAUGUCCCUGCGAUUCUUCGCAGCUCAGAUGAGGCAGAGUCCAUCCUUCCAACCCCUGAGAAGCAAAUGGUCCAGGUGACGAAUCCCUUCGGCUUGGCGAUGAGCUAUGGGACAGCAUCUGUCAUUGAUGGUGCAUCAGUGAGGCCUUUUUGUCUGGAGCCCUGCAUCCUGAGCUGUUUCUGGGGAUGUGAGGUCAUCACAGUCCAGGGAGCUCUGCAAUCUCACCAGCACGGGUCGAGGCUCAGCACCCCCCAACAUUUUCAGGAGGCCUUCCACCUACGUUACCACCACAGCCAGAGUUUCCAUGUCAGCAGUGACAACAACGAGGAACACCACACUCAGAUUCCUGCUGAACAGGGGAUCACAGACUUUGGAUUGUUGCCAAGGGCACACUACCCUCUUGUGGCUGUGCUGACGCUGGCAGAGCCAGAAGCCAGGGACGUGUACAACAUUGUGGCCAGUGUGACCGUUAUUCAUGUUCCUGAUGACAAAUACAGCCUUUCUGCUCGGAUUCUUUUUCAAUACCUUCUCACCUCACAGGGGAACAUGUUCGAGUUAAAGCCUCUGUUCAUGUCAGCUGACAGCGGGGGGGUGCCGGGGCCUCCUGACAAAGAGCAGAGCACCUCUCCCUAUCAACCGACAGAGGAGGCACACAGACUGGAGCAGAGUUCUAUGCUGGAGGAGGAGGACUGGUCGGAAGGGACAGGCAGAGACUGUGUGAUCUGUCAGAAUGCAGCAGUGAACAGGGUGCUGCUGCCCUGCAGACACGCCUGUGUGUGUGACCGCUGUAUGUCACACUUCCAGCACUGCCCAAUUUGCAGGGCAUUUGUCCUGGAGUCGUUCGCACUGACACAAGAGCCAGUUGUCAGUGUGGGAUGCGUCAGUGUCACUUAUUAGAUAAAAUGCAGUUUGGCAGUGCUCACUAAAGAAACUCUAGAUUUACAUGUUACACCCAGUUUCCAUAAAUGGAAUCAUUAUUGGAAAAGUUCAGCUGGACUGUAGACAUGUAUUGGGAGUAAAAUCAGGGAGUUACACUGCAGCAGCUGUAAACAGUAUUGACCACUCCAUUAGACUGCCUCCAGCAUACUCAGUGUGUGUGUCCAUACUGUGGGGCGGUUGGGCUGAGGGGUUGAAUGGUCGCCUCCAACCAGAGGGUUGGCAGUUAGAUCCCCUUCGGCUAAGUGUCCUUGGGCAAGAUUCUGAACCUUGAAUGGCCCCAUAAUAAAAAGUGCUGCCCAUAAAUGCACUGUAUGAAUGUAAAACUGUACUGUAAAGCACUUUGAGUGGUCAUCAAGAAAAGAAAGCUCUAUAUGAAUACAGACCAUUUGCUGUUUUCCAGUUAGACUGUGAACUGACUACUGAAUGAAUAGUGUUUUCAGUGUGACAGCGACCGGAUUUAGAGCAAACGUAGUGUCAUACAUUAGCCUCAACCUAAGUUGAGGCAAACACUUGUCAAAGAUCACCAAUUCUGUCUAACGGAUAAUGGAGCUGUAACACAAUCAUUCUGCUGCUGUGCCACCACAAACAUUUAUAUUCAUCAUUACAUGUACUGACUCUUAGCAGGAAACCGAUGGAUUGCUUACUCCGGGUAGGAAAUGAGUUCUUAGCCCGAGUGAAGGAGUUCAAGUACCUCGGGGUCUUGUUCGCGAGUGAGGGUACUAUGGAGCGUGAGAUUGGCCAGAGAAUCGGAGCAGCGGGGGCGGUAUUGCAUUCGCUUUACCGCACCGUUGUAACGAAAAGAGAGCUGAGCCGCAAGGCAAAGCUCUCGAUCUACCGGUCGAUCUUCGUUCCUAUCCUCACCUAUGGUCAUGAGGGCUGGGUGAUGACCGAAAGGACGAGAUCGCGGGUACAAGCGGCCGAGAUGAGUUUUCUCAGAAGGGUGGCUGGCGUCUCCCUUAGGGAUAGGGUGAGAAGCUCAGUCAUCCGUGAGGAACUCGGAUUAGAGCCGCUGCUCCUUUACUUAGAAAGGAGUCAGCUGAGGUGGUUCGGGCAUCUGUUAAGGAUGCCCACUGGGCGCCUCCCUUGGGAGGUUUUUCAGGCACGUCCAGUGGGGAGGAGACCUCGGGGAAGACCCAGGACUAGGUGGAGAGAUUAUAUCUCAACACUGGCCUGGGAACGCCUCGGGAUCCCCCCAUCAGAGCUGGUCAAUGUGGCCCGGGAAAUGGAAGUCUGGGGCCCCCUGCUUGAGCUGAUCCCCCCGCGACCCGACCCCGGAUAAGUGGAUGACGAUGAGAUGAGAUUACAUGUACUGUGGUUCUAUCUGUACUGAACCAGUCCAGCUGAAAUGGUAGCUUGAAAUAUUUGAAUAAUAUAACAUGUUAGGAAUGGGACUGAUGAUUUUAGUAGAUAGGUAUUUUAUGAACUACAUAGUAUACAAAAAAUAUUGUAUAUGUCGUGGCUAAACAAAGCUACAUGAUGUUAAUUCCGUAGAUUUAAAUAUCAUCCAUGAUAUAAAUGUCUAUUUGUACAAGAUUGUUAGUUUGACUUCACAGCAGCACUGCAGUAUUUAUUAACCACAGCCAAUACAAAUGUUUCAUCUGACUCAUUGUACAUGGUGAUGUAAACCAGGAGCUUUAAGAUCAAUUUGACAUGCAUGUAUGUGUUGUAUUCCUGCGUAUGGAUUGAAUUACAAUCAGCAGAGGGCGCUACUAGGUCCAUAAACAAUGACACGACUAGGGUUUAAUGGGCCAUGUAGCUUAUACUCUUCAUAACUUUUCAUUUGAAAUUGUUAAGUGAUGUCAGCCUUAGCUAGUAAGUUCACAUUAAGUCAAGAAUACCUUCUGUCCAUUACUAUUUGCAAGAUCGGGAACAAAACUUCACACUCAAACACCAGGUGUUAAAUCAGUACUGAACACUCAGCAGACAUUGUUGAGACAUGAGAAAAACUUACAACUUACAAUAGUUUGUUAUAUUUCAGUACAUGGAAGUUAUUUUAUAUAAGUAGAAACAGAAAAGAAGAUAAUGAGUGAAACUAAUUUGUUGGCAAAUGUUGCUUCCCAAAAACAAAAACCUGUCGUCUCUGGCCUUGUCGCAUAGAGCACAGCAAAUCCAUGACAAUGUAAUGAAGAAGAUCAGGUGGAGAAAAUGUCUGACACACUUAGGGUUUAUACAGGCUUGUAGUCCAGUUUGGACUCAAGCUUCUUUGAAUCAGCCACUUUACGCACAGCUUUCAUGAAGUCUUCCUGAGUGACGUACUCCCGGUCAGCACGGAUGGCAAAUAGACCUGAAGCCACAACAGAUGUUAUUGGACAACACGAAUUGGGAAUAAUCUAAUUAUUGAUUGCACUGAAAGAAAGAUUCGUCCCACCUGCUUCUGUGCACACGUUUCUCAGAUCAGCUCCAUUGAAGCCAUCCGACAGCUUCACUAUGGCUUCAUAAUCUGAAAACAAUCACAAGCAAAAGUUCUUCUAUGCGAGUUCACCAUUGAGAGGAGUAAUGAUCACUGCUGCUGCAAUUACAAAUGGUUCCUUAUGAUUAAAUUAAUUAGUAACACCUGUGAGGCUAUGCAUUAACAUCAUUCCUUCAUAACAUCUGUGUCAUAUCAUGUCUGUAUGUGAAAACAGACACUGUGGAGAAGCCCAGAAAAUGGUGUCAGGACAGUUGGAGGUAAAACCUUUGAUGAGUACACAGAAAUAAUAAACAACAGGUAUGCAUUUGAUGAUUAUUUUCCAAUCAUUUCAUGACCUAUGUGGUUUUGUAAUCAAAACAUUUGUUCUGUGAAAUAUCAAAGAAAAGAGUCAAACUAAUGAAUGAAAAAUAAAGCAAUUAAUUCUG